GCGCAUCAUGCUCAGGAACUGAACUGGGAAUUUAUUGUGCUGAACACUCAGACUAUUUGGGAUUUUGAGAGUCAAGCGUCUUCUAGUUCCUUUUAGGUUGUUUUUCAACAGCUUUGUAGAAACCAUCUAUUAAAAAUCAUCAGAGUGCUUUUGAUUGCAUUUGAUUUCCAAAGGCAGGAAGACACAAACAGAAUGUCUUCCUGCAGUUCACCCUGUUGAGGUCUAACAUUCUGUAUCAUCUCAACAGCCGUGUGAGAUGAGAGCAGAGCAGGAGGGAAACAGCUUGCUCACUUCACUGUCCAUUUUUUCUAACAAGCUUGUGAUAAAUUUGAACAAGCCUCCUUGAUCUGACACCUCCUCUUCUCUCCUCCCCUGCCUGGAUUUUCUGCCCACAGCAAUAAAUUCAAGCAUGGAUUCGUCCCACUCCCACAGGAAGCUUAUGCUCCUCAGUGCAGAGAAUCAGAUGAGGAUGGAUAGGAGAUCUCGAAGCUCUUCCAGAGAGUCCCAUAGGAGAAAGAGAGAGUCUCCAGCUACACAGAGGAAACGGGAGAAGAGGGAGAGAAGCAAAGAAGCCAGCAAAGAAACAGGAGAUAUAAGGCAGGAGAAAACAAAGGAGAUUAAGAGCACUGUAGGCACUGAUGGUAGGGUGCACACAUCCACAGUGGUGGACGUGGAUGAUGUGAUAUCUGAUGAAGAAAUGGAGGCAAUGAUGUUGCUGGACAGCGAGCAUCAAGAAGAAGGUAUGAAGUCUCCCGGUUUCAACAUCUGUGAGUGGCUUCUGACUAUACUGUCUUUCCUGUUCAUCAUAAUGACUUUCCCCAUUUCUGUCUGGUUCUGCAUGAAGGUAGUGCGGGAGUAUGAGAGAGCCAUUGUUUUCCGGCUUGGGCAUCUCCUUCCUGGCAGGGCCAGAGGGCCUGGUAAGAUGCUCACUGAGUCUUUUCUUUUCCUUCCCUGCCUGGACACAUAUCACAAAGUGGACCUCCGCCUCAAAACCCUAGAGAUCCCCUUCCACCAGGUGGUGACUAAAGACAUGGUUACACUGGAAAUAGAUGCUGUCUGCUAUUACCGUUUGGAGAAUGCCUCUCUUCUCCUCACCACUCUCACCAGCAUCUCCAGUGCCAUCCAGCUGCUGGUGCAAACCACCACAAAGCGCCUCCUGGCACACCGAGCCUUCUCUGAACUUCUGUUGGAAAGAAAGAGCAUCAGCCAGGAGAUAAAGGUGGCUUUGGAUGCGGUCACAGGCUGCUGGGGGAUCAAAGUGGAGAGAACAGAAAUCAACAAUGUGCAGCUGCCUGCUGAAGUCCAGCAGUCCUUGGCCGUGGAAGCAGAAGCCCAGAGGCAGGCCAAAGUGCGGGUGAUUGCUGCUGAGGGGGAGAAGGCUGCUUCUGAGUCCCUGCGGAUGGCAGCUGAGAUCCUGUCCAGUGCCCCUGCUGCUGCUCAGCUCCGUUACCUUCAUGCACUGCACUCCCUUGCUGCAGAGAAACCUGCUGCCUUCAUCUUACCCUUACCUUUGGAUCCCACAAAUCUGGUCUCUCCAGCUACCCGCAGCCCUCCAGGAGUGAGCAGCAUCAUCACAGACACCCCGGAAAACGUGAAAGACAAGAAGGACUCACCUAUGCUGUAAGAGUUCUCCCAGAAAUAGUUGCCAUAAGCACUGAUUAAUCCUUCUCAGAGAGGAGCAAGAUGGCUGGUCUACGGGCAGCCCACCAGCAGCUACUGGACUGGAGACAGGAGGGAAGGCAGCCCAGACCUGUAACAUAAAAGUAGAUUGUACAUGAAAGAAGCUUCUGCUUGUUUUGGAAAGGGAAAAAUAUGGAGCACAGCGAGCAGUGUUGGUGCAUAUGUGAGCAGGGGACUGAGGGAGAAGUGUCAUCCUUCCCUUUCACAUCAGCUGAUGCACCUUGACACAAAAGAUCCCUGGGAUCUGAUCUGUCCUACCUCAUCACAUUGGCAGGAAAGCCUAAUAGCUUUUGUAUGUUUAAACACCUCCAUUUCCAAAUGAACAGCCUGUCACACAUCAUUUGUUACAGGGAAAACCCCACAGUGGGAUAAAAGAGGCAGGCACAAGUUGCCUCCUAGGAGGGAAUAUCUUAUCAGAGGGCAUUGUUUUCCAGUGGCUCUGUCCUUGCAUUCAGGCUCUUGGGGUUUUCCCUUUUUUUUUCUUAAUAAAAGCAAGUCCUGCAGCUGGGCGGUAAACAAAGCCAUGGCAGAAGUUCUUGGAUAGGAACAUAUUCCUCCUCACAGCCCAUCUGUGUGCUGCAUCCUGAGAAAGUGGGAGUGGUUGGCUGCUACAGAUGGGAUCCUUGCUAAGGUGCCUUUUCCUCUGUGUGAAUUGGUGGGAGAAAGACAACAGCCAGGCA